GUACGCUAGACAUUCUUGUAACUGAGUUAAAGUCGAGCCAGGCCGAACGGGUAAGAAAAGCAAAAACCUGUUGAAAUGAUGGAUUGUUUUCGUAGUUGUAUAUAUGGAUAUGAUGAAGAUUGCACCCAGACAAUGGCAACCAUCCGAAAGAAACUAGUGAUUGUUGGAGAUGGUGCCUGUGGUAAAACCUGUCUUCUAAUUGUGUUCAGCAAAGACCAAUUCCCAGAGGUGUAUGUACCUACAGUAUUUGAAAAUUAUGUUGCUGAUAUUGAGGUUGAUGGAAAGCAGGUUGAACUAGCACUCUGGGAUACAGCUGGACAAGAAGAUUAUGAUCGCCUACGACCUCUGUCCUAUCCUGACACGGAUGUUAUCCUUAUGUGUUUCAGUAUUGAUAGUCCUGACAGCUUGGAGAAUAUUCCUGAGAAGUGGACGCCAGAAGUUAGACAUUUUUGUCCUAAUGUGCCUAUCAUUUUAGUAGGAAACAAAAAGGACCUCAGGAAUGAACCACACACAAUAAAGGAACUGGCUAAAAUGAAACAAAAACCAGUCACAUCAGAAGAAGGUCGAGGGAUGGCUGAGAAAAUUAAUGCUUAUGGAUACUUGGAAUGUUCUGCCAAAACUAAAGAUGGAGUUAGGGAAGUGUUUGAAACAGCUACACGAGCAGCAUUGCAGGUUAGAAAGAGAAAAAGGACAAAAUGUGUGCUCUUCUGAAUGUCACCAUGUUACCAGCUAUGGUCAUUCAUCUUUCUGGGUCAGUUGUCCACCAAAACAACAGCUAACCCCCACUUGCAGUGUCUGCUAAGAUAUCCCAUCUUUUCAUCAAUACAUUUUUUAUCUUAUUAAGUUGAAUAUAUGAAAAUUGUUGUGAUUAAUUUUUGAUUAUGUAUAAAGAAACACAAGGCUUGUAUCAAAUACUUGAUUUUAUUUUGCAUAGAGGACAUAUAAGUAGUGAUGAAUGUAGUGCAUAUCAGGGAGUAAAUCCCAUUUGACAAAUCUAUUCAUCUUGCAUGAUUAUGGGGGGUGGACCACUUGGAUAGGUCUCCUGCCAGUGUCUGUUGUGUGUUGGUGCUUCUUGUUCGUUUCACUCUAUACUGGGAGACAAGGGGAGUCUGUUUGUGUGCCUAACCAUCUGUAUGUCUAUCUGUUGACAUUGUUCUAUUCAGUUUAGGUUUCUCUCAGAUAUUUAGAACAUUUGAAAUAAAAUUUCUUUUGUGAAUACAAAAAUGAAAAAAAAAAAGUUUUUGAGUAGAUAUGUUAAUGUAAUGUUGAGAAUGUUUCAUCAAUAAAAUCCAAUUAAUUUGAUUCUUGUCUAUAAAGUAAUUUCAGAAAACAUUUCUUAUAUACAUACAAGCUUUUUAAAUGGAAAUACCAUGUGUGAUAGCAAAAUUAAUGUUCCUUCAGUUUAUGUCUGAGAAAUACUUGAUUCUCUGAAAUUAAUCCCUUUCAACUCGCAAUGAGUCUUGUUUUUUUUGUUUUUUUUUCUGAACCAUCUGUCAUCUUUAAAUAAAGCUUUCUUUCUAAGAACAAUGUUGACCAAUUGGAGGUUUUUAGUAAACAAAUUAAAAAUAAAAGAUUUCUGUGUAAGCAGGUUUAUUUCCUAACGUUUUCCAUUGUAGACAAGAAUGACUAAAAAUAAAGUUUUUCUUAUAGAUUCAGA